GUUGAAGGGCAGUGCGCGUGCGGAGUACAACUGACUCAGCGUUUCGUGUGACGUCACGACGUCGUGGCCUUUGGGCUGGUGCUGCUUGGUUUCAGGUGGCCAGAGAACUGAAACAUUCAGUUAUAGAAGAAAAAAGAAAGUUUUCGGUUGCCGAAACCUUGAGGCAAGGUUGUGCUAAUAAAUACCCCCAAACUUUCACUCGUCCUUCUCCCAGAUUACUGGACACUCUCCAGCUCUGUCAGUGUACGUGGAAGUAGGGUAUCUGGAUCGAUUUCUGCACACCGGUCAUCACUUGCAAUGUGCCAUUCGUUUUUCUAUGUUCAAGUGACGCGGCUUUAGUAGAUAACGUUAGAUAAAGAAUAUUCCUAGGAAGUAACAAGAUCAGUUUUAAAACUUUGUGGGUCAAAUCUUGCAACUCAGCAACGCAUAUUGUCGUCGUUCAGCUGAGAGACGUUUUUCGACGGCAAGCCACGUCUUCUUUUUAUGGUGAUGUUAUGGUCAACAGAAAAGUGAAGCCAGUGAUUCAAAGUGUCGAGAAUUCUGACAGUUCCACUCUCGUUUCUUUUUCCGUGUAAAACCUAAAUUUCAGUGUCCAUUUUAAUCCAUCGAGCAGCUGCAUCCGUUUUAUAAACUCGUCAUUCUCUCCCCUUAUUCUGUUGUCUGCUACACACAGUUCUCUUUCCUUUCCCCCUCAAGGUGUGUUUUUGAUGUGUGCACCUGGUGUGAAUGUUAAGGUUUUCACUUCACUUUAAAGGUUUGGCCUUCCUGUUGAGAAAUGGAAGACAAACAGAUAGCUGACUACUUUGUGGUGGCUGGGUUUACAGACAAAUCUAUGCCAUUAGAAGAUUUCUCAUUUGACGGGAAUCAGCUCAAAUCUACCUAUGAUCAGGCACCAAUCACAGACAUUACUGUCAUUAUACCUUCUCUGGGUGAAGGCAUUCCACCUGGUUUUACUUGCAUUGAAUAUACUCCAACUGGUUUGACAGCUGAUCUUAAUUAUGGAAGCAUAAGAAGCCCUGAAGUUUUUCUGUGUUAUCGUAGGGGUCGUGAACGCCCACCUUUAUUUGAUAUUGGGGUAUUAUACCAAGGGAAGGAACAACUGAUGUCUGAUGCAGAAGUUGUCUUGUCUACACCGUACGGAAGGGCUGCUAAUGUAAAUAACUCAGCCAAUCAGCACACCUAUGUAACUUAUAGAAGAGCACCAGAUACAGCCCCAUGCAAUGAUCUUGUAGUCUCUGAUAUUUGCGUCGUCAUUACCAGCAAAGGCGAAACGCCUCCACAUGCUUACUGCAUGAUAAAAAAAAACCUCAACAAGGGAAUGUUGGGUGCGGAUGUCUACCUUUGCUACAAGAAGUCGAUGAACAAACCACGCCAUAUAGCUUAUAGACCUGGCAUCCAAGCACGUUUCCCUGAAGAGGAUAUUCCUCACAACCCAAUGCCGGAUUCCGUUCCGUUGUUUUGUUUACCAAUGGGCGCGACCCUAGAAUGGUGGCCGAUCAAUGCUGCUACUCCCAAACCAGUGUUUUCCACCUUUGUCUUGACUGUAUCAGAUGCAGCAGAAAAAAUAUACGGUUCAGCAGUCACAUUUUAUGAACGGUAUCCAGAGGAGAAAAUGACUAAGGAACAAAAAGCCUGGCUUGAUAUGGAUGAUGUAGACGAUGGAUCUACUGAAAAAGACUAUACCGUCAAUACUAUUAAAUCCAUCUGCAUUUUGUCACAUUACCCUUUUUUCGAUACAUUUGAAAAAUUUCUUCGAUAUCUGCACAAGGUGGCUCAUUCUGGGCCUUACCCAGUUCCGCUUGAAAGGUACAUAACGCAUUUCAUGUACGACGUUCCGUUUCCAUCACCACAACGUCCGCGAAUCCUCAUUCAACUGUCAGCUACCGACCGGAUUGCUCUGGCUCAGUUAGAAGACCUCCCGCUUCCUCGACGUGGAGCAAGCUUCAAGAGUAUGUUGCUUAAUUUGGGACCGGAUGGCUGUCUUCAGCUAUUACUUUUGGCCUUGACGGAACAGAAGAUCUUGAUUCAUUCGUUACGGCCGGAUGUUUUGACAGCAACGGCGGAAGCUCUCGCUACGAGUAUAUUUCCGUUCAAGUGGCAGUGCCCUUACAUCCCAUUAUGCCCUCUUGGACUUAGUGAUGUCUUAAGUGCGCCACUUCCUUAUCUCAUCGGCGUAGAUUCUCGUUUCUUUGAUAUGUACGACCCACCAGCCGAGGUCAGCUGUGUCGAUCUUGAUACGAACACCAUUUCAAUAUCGGAAGAGAAGAAAACUUUACUUACGGUGAAGUUGCUGCCAAAGAAAGCCGCUCGAACACUACGAGCUACGCUCCAGUACCUCUACGAAAAGAUUUAUUCAACUUUUUGGAGUGAAAGGGGCAAGCGUGGAGACGAUGUCGAUUCUUCGUUAGAUCGGGAUUUCAAAAUUAAAAAGAAAGAGCUGUUACUGGAAUUGGAAAUCCAAGAGGCCUUUCUUAAAUUCAUGGCAUCUAUUCUACGUGGCUAUCGUUCCUAUUUGUUACCCAUCACCAAAGCGCCAACUGUGGGUGCAACAGAUCCCAACUCUCUGUUUGACCUACAGGGAUUUUUACGCUCUCGAGACAAAGCCUACGUGAAAUUCUACGCCCUUAUGAUGAAAACGCAAAUGUUUAUCCGCUUCAUUGAAGAGCGUUCUUUUGUCUCGGACAUGGAUUCCAGCCUAGCCUUUUUCGACGAAUGCUCCGAUAAAACUGAUUUGGAUGAUGGGGACAUUAAACUACUUGAGCUUGAUGAUUCACAUCACAGUGAACGAACGGUUUUUGUCACACCCCCAGAACCGGUGGGUCUUCCACCCAAUGUAACAUACACAUAUCAGCAAUUCGGCACCUUGAAUCCAGCUUUGAUGCAACGGCCUUUGGAUGAAUCACUAUUUGAUCCGUCGGUAGUCGGUAGUAGCACGAAGCCGCGAUCAAGCAGCGGGAAUAUGUGCGGUUCCUCUUUACCUCCUCCUAGCAGCCCCUUAGCUCGACGAACAAAACAUGAAAUAAAAAAUUCCCAAAAGUUUGCCAAAAAGUAUGCUGAGACACCAAUGUUGUGGGCGAAAUGUCUGCUUAAUACUUGCUUCAGUAUUUGGUUCAUUCACCUCCCAAGUCAUAUCCUUACAUCGAAUUCCAAAGUGACAACCUUAAGAUCCGCUUACGCCAUACUAGUGGCCAUGCAGAAGCUCCGUGUCCUUCCGGCUGACGAAGUUUGCUAUCGAGUGAUGAUGCAACUUUGUGGCGUUUUGGGUCAACCUGUUUUGGCAGUAAAAGUUCUCUUUGAAAUGAAACGACAUGGUGUGCAACCGAAUGCCAUUACCUACGGCUUCUACAACAAAGCCGUCCUUGAGGCACAUUGGUCUUCAGACAUGGCGAACCACAGCAGGCUACUUUGGAAUAAGUUACGAAAUGUUGUCACCGCAGCCGGACUAUUCCGUCAAGCAGGAAGAAAAGCGGCCCAGAGUAGAAUUUCACAGUAUUCUUCGACGGACGAAGGCGAUCUAGCUUCCAAUUCGGAUGGUGACGGCCUGUCUAGGACAUCCGUUGAUUCAGCCCAAGAAGGCCACCAUUCAGCCGGAGUCGGAGGAGCUCCCAUCGUUUAUCGCAACAGCACAGUUACCAGUAGUCAAUCCGACGUUGGUUACAGUUCCAUGAAAGAAGAUGGUCAGGCUAAUCAAAAUCAAAAGCCCAAGUGUUCAAGCCAGAAAGACCUUCCAACUGCUGUCAAGGCUGAGGAGUCGGUUGAUAUUUGUGGUUCCCGUGCGACCAAUAACAAAACGGCCAAAACGGUCACAGCAGUCAUACCGGUGACCGUUCGACUGGAUUUUUCCCAGUCGAAUGAGUUCCGGACCCGAGUGGGGAGCAUCGUCAGAAAAUCUGCCAACGCCGUUCCUCAUAAAAGUGUUGACAGUGCGGCGGGCGUUCUGAUGAGCAGCCUCGGUAGUGGUGGCGGAGCCCUUAGUCCCAUCGAAGCCACCGAACUCAAAGCAGCGUUGGACGAUGCCGGACACAACAUUUCCCAUCCGUCACCACCGCAACCCAAAGGAGCAACUCUUCCUCGGGAGAAAAGUGCCGGGACACCUAUGGCGUCUGGUAACUCAACACCAGACGCUUCUAGUCAGACUAAGUCGAGUUCUCAAAGUGCAUCGACAGCGUCUUUAUUCAGAUCGGCUAGCCUUCGCUUGGGCGGGAUGUUUGUUUCGCCAUUGGAAGGACAUUUUAGUCCUGCUAAAACUGCCUUGGCUGAUCGAUUGCAAUGGGCGCGCAGUAGCAUUCGUAAAAAACUGGAUAUGGGAGGCCAGCAAGAGACGCCACAGUCAACAACACCGAAACGAAAGGAACAAGUGCAAGAUGAGAAAAUUGAAGUCAAAUCUCAGGAAUCGGCCAUCCCCGUUGAAAGUAGUCAACUAGCUACUUGCAAUGGUAGUGGCCUUAAUCACGUUGACGAAAAGGACAGUGCCCCUCAUUUAAUCAAUGGAGAUGUAGAAGUUGCCUCAAACAAUUCUCAUUCCGAUGACAAACCCGGACCAACUUGUAGUCCCGAGCGGCACACACUCACUCAUGGAGAUCCUCUCGGCGCACUGGAUGUCAUAACAGAAGUCGCGAAAUCGACACCCGUCUCCGCAGAAGUGUCUCCUUUGAAGCCAUUUGUGUUGCCAGAUCCAAGUGUUCGACUCUUCACCAGUAGCCAUAGCACUAGUAGCAGCGGUAGCAGCACAGAAGAUAGUGAUGACGACAGUGACGACGACAGCAGUGAAGAGUCCGAAUCGGAAGAAGAAUCGGAUCACUCGAACGACAAAUCAUCAGCCUCCAGGUUGUCAUUUAGUCGCUACGCAGGAGCACGUUGGAGUCUGCGAAAACCGGAAUUCCGAGUCAACUUGGGCGCUCAAGUUUUGGGCACGGCCCUGAAUUCUCUCAGUCCACAGAACCUGAACGCAAGGAAAGCGGAAUUUCUAGUUGGCCUGAACAACCUCAAGUCGGCUGCCUCAAGUGUAGCAAAGAAGAUUGAUGAGAUCAAAGGCGCCAUUGGAGCUGGAGUGACUGUUACCCCAUCGAAACUUUCUGGUUCUGGAUUAUUGACUGAGUCCAUGGAUGCACGUGGCGGAUCAGCUAGUGGCAGUGGGGCUCUGCUGACGGUCGAUGGACCCGCAGACGGUUCAUUAGAGACCUGGAGUUCUUGGACGGCUCAGUGGCUACGCCGGGCAUCGUCGGCUGAUCUAGUUUCACAACAGUAUCCGGCCACUGGCUCAGCUACUCCUUCUGAAUGGUCUACUACCGAUGGGCAAGCCAGUUCUAACAUAAAGGGAUUGCCAUCAUGGACAGAAACUAGCGCUCAGUUAGACAGAUUGUGUGCCUCGAUGCGUUUUCCAAACGGUGGUAGACGGCAGCGUCUCGGUGAAGAAUUGCCUAUUGCCAUUGAGGUGAUCAUGACGAGCUGCUCAAAAUGUCACAAUUGCUCUUCUAUCCUUUACGACGAAGAGAUCAUGGCUGGAUGGACCCCAGAAGAUUCGAAUCUUAACUCUAGGUGUCAACAUUGCAAAAAGCUGUUGGUACCUUUCCUUACUACCCAUCUACACGACUACCGCUCCCAUCCUCCAUCAGUGGUUCAACAAAUGAUUUCCAACUUAACACCAUGUGUAAGCCAAGAAAGUGUCAUUUCGUCAUCACAUUCUCGGAAUGGCAGUGAUGGAGGUGACAAACCGGCUAAAGAGGAUGAAGCUGUUUCCAAACAGACAAAGACUGAAAAGAACGCCCCGACUCCUCUCGUUGCUCCGGCAAUGUUUGGACCUAUCAGCGUCCCGUACCUGAGUCCUUUGGUUCUACGAAGGGAGUUGGAAGGUAUUCUUGAACAGGAAGGGGACGUCUGCUUGACUCAAGCCAGCUUUGUCGAUCAGCACUCGAUCAUUUAUUGGAAUAUGCUGUGGUACUUUGAGCGCGUCGGUUUAAUGUCCCAUAUGGCUGCACUUAUAUUGCGUGCCAACCUGGGACUUAAUGAGACCAAUAAUAAUAAUGAUAGCGAGGCCGCCAACGUCACAUGCCGUAUCAACCCUUCAUGGUCUUCUGCAGACGAGAAAAACAUUUCCGUUAAGACGAAGUGGGAUAAUACCAAAUUGCAUGACGAGCUUGGCCCUCCCUGCUACGCCCUGUGGCAACAGACUUACGAACAGCAUUCGCCGUUGGUUAGCGCCCUAGUUACCGACAAUCAAUCGUUUCCGCGAAGUUUCCUUGAUGAGUUAUUGCGUGGCAUUCAGUAUAACGAUAUGCUCCGACCCCUCAAGCAGCUUUCUUCGGAAUUGAUAAAGCGCAAAACAGUAACGGGAAUUGCUCGACAUCACGGCAUCUAUCGCGAACUGCUCUUCCUUUCGUUUGUCGCCAUCGGGCGAGAAAACAUUGAUCAAAUCGCAUUUGAUCGAGAAUACCGUCUAGCCUACGACCGCCUUGACGCCCAGUCCAUGGCUACGCUAGGCAAAGUUGACAGUCCCCCGUCCAUUGCUUCGGUCUUUUGUCGCCACUUUUUCCGGCAACUAGAAUUGUAAAAAAAAAAAAAAUAAAUAAAAACGAACGAUCCAGUAUAUAGUGCUUCAUUCACCUCGUGACGUUGUGAAUGGCGCACGCGCUCGAGUCCACCCAUGCAACUUUGCAUCAAGAUUUUGUUGAUUUUUUAAAUAACAGCUCACCUUUUUACAUCAUCAGCGCGUUUUCUAAAAAAUUUGUGUUGAAUCGGUCAAUGUUUUUGACUUGUUUAUUACUAGCAUGUUUCCCCUCUUUUAAAAUUGUAUCAACGUUUGAUGUUGUGUGCACUUUCUAUCUAAUAGGGUAUUGAAUCUUCAUAUGGAGAAAGUGCCUUUGGGUUAUCUUGAUUCCCGGUUGUGUGAUGACGAGUGGCAAUUUAUUUCUUUAAUGUUGGGUAAAUGUUGACUCCGCGGCAAUACACGUGAAUGAUAAUUGA